CUCACCAACCUCAACGUGCAUGCCAUAACAUUCAUCUUUCAUAUCUUCUUUAUUUAUCUAACCCUAAUCCACCGUGUGUCCAUCACUAAACCAACCUCAAGCACUAGCUAGCUACCCAUACUCAGCCUUCCGGCAACCAUGGAAGAUGCUUCUUCACCUGAUCUAUUGCCACCCUUGUCUCCCUCAUCACCUAAAUCUUUACCAUCAUCUCCAAGAUUCCCGUCUCUGCCUCGGCCUACUAUUUCUCUCCAACAACCCACCGGAAAAGACUCAUCUAAAUCUGCUAAACUCCUUCGCCGUUUCCGAUCAGUUUUCCGAUCAUUUCCCAUCAUAACACCAACUUGUAAGAUGCUGGGAAAUGGACUUCAUGACAAAUACAUCCAUGGUGGGACACGGAUGACCGGAACCCUAUUUGGCCAUCGGAAAACUAGAAUUAACCUAGCAAUUCAAGAAAACCCUAGCUCUCUCCCCAUUUUAUUGCUUGAACUAACAAUACCAACCGGAAAACUGCUUCAAGAUAUGGGAAUGGGUCUAGUUAGGAUUGCUUUGGAGUGUGAAAAGAGAAGGAACGAGAAAACAAAGAUUAUAGAAGAGCCAAUAUGGACAAUGUAUUGUAAUGGAAGGAAAUCAGGUUAUGGGGUAAAGAGAGAACCGACAGAUGAAGAUUUGGUAGUAAUGCAAAUAUUGCAUGUGAUAUCUAUGGGAGCUGGGGUUAUACCGGAGGACGGAGAUCAUCUGGACGGAGAACUAACGUACAUGAGAGCACAUUUUGAACGCGUAGUUGGGUCUAAAGAUUCAGAGACCUAUUACAUGAUGAAUCCUGAUGGGAAUAAUGGACCAGAAUUAACCAUUUUCUUUGUGAGGAUUUGACAUUUGGUGAGGAUGAAGAUUUUUAAUUUGGUGUACAUGUACAUUUGCAUUUUACUGGGAAAUGAUGUUAAUGGGAGAUUAUUGGAAGAGCUUAUUAGAGCAAACUUAUAUAAUUUUUAUUAGUUAAUUCAUGUCAUUCCCCAGUUAGAUGGUGUUGGCAAUAGCAGCAAUGUGUAUGAGCAGAGCUGGUGAUGACUAGCUAGCUAGUUGCAGCUUUAUCAGUUCUAUGUGUAUAGUGAUUAUAUGAUAAAUUUGCAAUAGAUAUUAUUAACUUCAUGUUCAGAACA